AUGUAGCUUCCGGUUAAAUACAAAUUAUGCAGCGCCGCGGUUGUCAUUCACUUCAGCGUGCCUGAACAGUGGUGAAAUCAUGUUGACCCCACCGAAGGGGGGGAUGCCCAGUAUGAUAGACAGUGCGCUGAGGAUGAGGAGAGAGGAGCAGGCUCGACAGGUGGUCCUGGCCUGGGCUGUGCUCAACGUGUCCUUAGCUGGCAUGAUUUACACUGAAAUGUCUGGGAAGUUGCUGAGCCGAUACUAUAACAUCACCUACUGGCCUAUCUGGUAUAUCGAGCUGGUGCUAGCCUCUCUCUUUAGCCUCAAUGCUCUUUUUGACUUCUGGAAAUAUUUCAAAUACACUAUGGCUCCAUCCACCAUUGCUGUGUCCCCUGAGCAGCACCUCCUCCUGGGGCUGAGGAACACAAGUAUUCAGGCCUCUCCUCCCCAGAAGCCAGAAAAAAAGGAGACCCCAGCUCCAGCCCAGUCAUCUCCCCUGCAGGGCCAGAGCGUGCUGAGUUUCAGCCCCUCUCGACCCGCCACCACCAGCCCCAAGUUCUCCCCCAGCUGCGUGCCUGGGUACAGUCCUCCUCUCAGCAAUCCAUCCACCCCAAACAGUGCAGGGGGGCCUUUCUCCCCCUUUGGAAAGGUGUUGAACUACAGUCCCUCCCCUGGUUCCUCUCCCUACCCUAGCAGCAUCGGGCCAGCAGAGGGUUCCAGCUUGAGGGCUCGAUACCGCACCUCUCCCUCAGUGUUCAACUCCCCAGGAAGUAAGGAGGACUACAUGGAGGAUCUGAAAAGCCUGGAGAGGUUCCUCCGCACAGAGGAGGAGAAGAGUCACCGCAGCCAACUAGGGAGUCCAGAGUCUGUGUCUCCGAACCACAGCCCGACAUUUUGGAACUACAACCGCUCUGUGGGGGAUUAUGCUCAGAGCCUGAGGAAGUUCCUGUACCAGCCUGCCUGCCGCUCUCAGGCCCCAUCUGCCCACAAGGAUGAGACAGAUCUGGGCUCCAAACAGGCUGCAGAGGAGGUCUGGGCCAGAAUCACAACCAGUCGCCCUGUAGUGGACCGCAUUGAUAGCUGGACAGCCAAGCUUAGGAAUUGGAUAAGUGACACCAUCUUGGUCCCCCUGGUCAGGGAAAUAGACUCUGUCAACAGCCAGCUCAGGAGGAUGGGCUGCCCUGAGCUGCAGAUUGGAGAGGCCAGUAUUAGCAGCCUAAAGCAGGCAGCAGUGAUGAAAGCAUCAUCCAUCCCCACCAUGAACUCUAUUGUCCAGUACCUGGACAUCACACCCAACCAGGAAUAUCUGGUGGACCGCAUAAAAGAGCUCGCUCACAGCGGCUGCAUGAGCUCCUUCCGCUGGAACAGGGGUGGUGAUCUGAAGAACAGGAAGUGGGACACAGACCUCCCCACUGACUGUGCUAUCCUCAUGCAUGUGUUUUGCACGUAUUUGGACUCUAGACUGCCCCCACACCCAAAGUACCCAGACGGGAAGACUUUCACCUCCCAGCACUUCAGCCACACCCCAGACAAACCUGAUGUAACCAAGGAGAACCUCUUCUGCAUCCACCAAAGCAGCACCACCCCCCCUCACUACCAGCUCAUCUAUCAGGGACACAUCUACAGUCUGCCCAAGGGCAGGAACAACCUGUUCCACACGAUCCUCAUGUUUCUCUUUGUCAUUAAGACCAAGGAGUCAGGGAUGCUGGGGAGAGUAAAUCUUGGCCUCUCUGGUGUGAAUAUCCUGUGGAUAUUUGAAGACUGAAGCAUUGUAAUUUAGAAGCAACAAAAAGCUGCGAGUGGAUGAUAUUUCUUUCUCCUCUCGCCGUCUACACUGGUCGGAAUAUCACCUCAAUUUAAGGACUGCCCUUUAGAAACAGCACUUCACUUUUUCACAGUUUUAAUCUACAAACGGGCAGCAUGCUGUGUAAUCAUUGACAUUUUAAGAACACACGUCUGUUACACCACAGCGUGCUUAUGAUCCAAUGCAGAGCUGUAUUUUUAACAUUAUUUGGAUUUCUGAUUUUGUAUUGAGAAUGUGCCAGCAUGGCAGCCUUGUAAAUAAUAUACCUCACAGUUAGUGGGUGGCAAAGGGCUCAGACCCAUUCAGUUUGAAUGUAAAUACAAUGUGAGUGGACUUGAUGUGUAUUUCUUUGGCUUCAAUUACGUUUUGCUGCUAGUAUGCAGUUUUUUUUUUCUUUUUUCCUCCUCUGGCAUGUGCUUGAAUUUACCAGCAAAAGAAAUGGACCUGUGCAAAAUGCAGCAAUACUCAAAUAAUAGAUAUUUUGAGGAUUCUGUGGUUUCUAACUUUUCCAUAUUACCAGGAUGCAGUGCCACACAUAACUGUACAGUGUUAAUUCUUUUGAUAUGUGAUGGAGAACAAAUGAAAAGCCUCUGAAUCACCAAAGUAUUCACUCUGGAUAUAAUGUCUUUUACAGAAGAGCUCUGACUUGUCGCACAGCCACUCGUUAAAUUUCAAACUUUCUACAUGUUUGCUUGUUUUCAAUAUCGCUAUUUUACAAAUGUCAUCUGAGACAUAAGAAUAAAAUCUAGAGAUUUUUAAAACAAA